UAGGCUUGAGGGACAAUGUUCUUUGUACACACCGCUUGUCAUUUGCACACACACACAGAGAGAGAGAGAGAGAGAGAGAGAGAGAGAGAGAGAGAGAGAGAGAGAGAGAGAGGAAUCGAGAAGCUCUACCGACAUAUAGAGAGUCAGUCGUGAGGGAAACAUUGGAUCUUUUAUGUCUCGGGUCAUUCACUGCCGAGCGGCUCGGCAUCUGCUCGUACCUGCCGAUUUCGGCCAAGUUUACUCUAUCCCAUCCCCAUAAAGCAGCAUCUCGGCAUUAUGGCAACUUGCGAUAGUUUAACAGCAGCUCAUUGCACGUUGAAACGUUACGAUGAACGGACACGCAAGCAACCAACCUCACGUCCCCGUGGCCGGUGUGUGGGCGCCAGCGAUCACCUUCUUCGACCCAGAAACCGACGAGCUCGAUCUCGCCUCUCAAACGAAAUACUACAAGUACCUUUCCCAGCAUCUCACCGGGCUCGUAAUCCUUGGAACGAACGCGGAGACCUUCCUGCUGACCCGCGAUGAACGAGCAACCCUCCUUAAGACCGCUCGAGAAGCAGUCGGCCCCGACUAUCCCAUGAUGGCCGGAGUAGGCGGCCACAGUACGAAACAAGUCCUCGAAUACAUCGGCGACGCAGCAGCGGCUAAAGCAGACUACGUACUCGUUCUUCCAUGUGCCUACUUUGGUAGACAAACGACGGGCAAAGUUAUUAUGAACUUUUACGAUGAGGUAGCGACGAAGAGUCCGUUACCGAUCGUCAUCUACAACUUCCCAGGCGUCUGUAAUGGAGUUGACAUUGACUCGGACGUUAUGACCGCUCUGGCGAAGAAGCACAAGAAUAUCGUCGGCGUCAAGCUCACCUGCGCCUCCGUCGGUAAAAUCACACGACUGGCUGCCACUUUCACCAACUCGGAAUUCGCGAUCUUUGGCGGACAAUCGGACUUUCUCCUCGGCGGAAUGGCUGUCGGUUCCGCCGGUACAAUCGCCGGGUUCGCCAACGUCUUCCCGAAGACGAUCCGGCGAAUCUACGACCUCUACACGCAGGGCAAGCACCAGGAAGCGAUGAAGAUGCAUCGCGUGGCGGCGUUGGCGGAGAGUCUGACUAAGGCGGGGAUCGCGAGUACCAAGUUUGCCGCGAGCUUGACGAGCGCGAAGAGUGCUGGGAUUGAGGGGGCGGAGGAGAAGUUGAGGCCGAGGCGACCGUAUGACCCGCCUAGUGAGGAGGGGAAGAGGGAGAUUAGGGCUGGGAUGGAGGAGAUGAUGAGGAUUGAGUCAUCACUGUAAUAUUUCCGUGUGUGAAUUGGAGCAAGGAAGCGAGCAGCCAUCCUGAGCGCAUUGUCGGCAGCUCGCUGAGUAAUGCAUAACGGAACGGCACUUCACUUUCCACUUGUGCCGUCGUCCUGCAUCUUUUUGGGAGACGGACGCGCUCGUUCGACUACCGGUCUCGCGUGUCGAGUCAUGUCCACAGUCAUGGUGCCGCUUUAUCUCCAGCUUCGUGGGGCGGAACGUGGAUUGUCUGGAGCUGAAGUGGAGUUUCUCGACCCCAGAAUCGAGGGGCAGAACUAAUUGCCGAAGAUCAGCGCGGGAUCCAGGUCCGU